CAUUUGUUUGUUCUUCCAUGUAUCUCUCAGCAGGUUUCUGCUAUGGGUGACAAGGGAACAAGCAAUGACUCUGAUGUGACCGACUUCAUCCUUGUAGGCUUCAGGGUCUGCCCAGAGCUCCACAUUCUCCUCUUCGUGAUCUUUCUGCUGGUGUAUGCCAUGAUCCUUCUGGGUAAUGUUGGGAUGAUGACCAUUAUCAUGACCGAUCCCCGGCUGAACACACCAAUGUAUUUCUUCCUAGGCAACCUGUCCUUCAUUGAUCUCUUCUAUUCAUCUGUCAUUGCCCCCAAGGCUAUGAUCAACUUCUGGUCUGAGAGCAAGUCCAUCUCCUUUGCAGGCUGUGUGACACAAAUCUUACUCUUUGCCCUCUUCAUAGUGGCUGAAGGAUUUCUCCUGGCAGCCAUGGCCUAUGACCGCUUCAUCGCCAUCUGCAGCCCACUCCUCUACUCUGUCCAGAUGUCAGCGCGUCUCUGCACCCAGUUGGUGGCUGGUUCCUAUCUUUGUGGCUGCAUCAGCUCAAUUCUUCAGACCAGCAUGACAUUUACUUUGCCAUUUUGUGGUUCUCGGGCCAUUGACGACUUUUUCUGUGAUAUUCGCCCACUUCAGAGAUUAUCUUGUUCUGACCUCUUCAUCUAUAGAACAAUUUCUUUUUCCUUAUCCAGCAUCAUUACCUUGCCUACCAUAAUUGUCAUUAUUGUGUCCUAUAUGUAUAUUGUAUCCGCAGUUCUGAAAAUACACUCCUCUGAGGGACGUAAGAAAGCGUUCUCCACUUGCAGCUCUCACCUGGGAGUCGUGAGUGUGCUGUACGGUACAGUCUUUUUUACCUAUCUCACUCCUGACAGAUUUCCUGAGCUGAGUAAAGUGACCUCCUUGUGUUACACCCUAGUCACUCCCAUGUUGAAUCCUUUGAUUUAUUCUCUGAGAAACAAAGAUGUCAAAGAGGCUCUAAAAAAGCUUUUAGAGACAAAAAAUACUCUUCUUUGA